AUGACUUGGAUGCGUGUACUGCAAGCUCUAGUGGCCUUGGCAGCGUCGGCUUAUGGUGUUUCCAUCACAAUUGAUCCUGCCGGUAGUGCACAACGAGAAGCUCAGCUUGUGCGCAAGGAUGUGAGACCCAAGCCGCACACUUGCGAUGACAAGACAGACUGCGCUGGCUGUCAGGGGUUGGAGCAGUCGGCCUGCGAGACUGCUUGCUGGAUUGAUCAGGGACAGAACCGGCAAUGUGUGUGGAGCACCCUGAGAGGGCCAGAAGACAGAAAAGACCUACCGUCUCGCCCAAGGCGAGAUGUCGGAAACAGCUCUUGGUCCAUUGAAUUUGGGAAGAUGUACGCCGAGGUCCUCCCCAUGUGGCCGUCCACACGUGUGGUCGCAAUUUCUUUGGUGUUCUUGGUCGGCGCCGAGCCACAGGGAGCGGCGCAAUGCCCAUGCUACAACAGCACGCUUGAUGGCUAUGGCUUCGGCUGCGCGGCCCAUGACGUCAAUGGGUGCAACAAGACUUCUGCUCCUGCUUGGUGCAGCGACAGUUGGUGCUACGUUCAAGCCUCCAGCUGCACAGUUACCCAUGAGAUGAGCACCUCUAUUCCAGGACUUGCAUGGUCUUACACAACCUGCGGCUUUCGAGACCGAUUCUCACGUAGCAACAUUACGGAGAGCCUCCGUGGCCAGACUCUGCGAGUGCAGUUCUUGGGGAACACAGGUGGCUGGAAAGGAAACUAUUGCCCAGGUUUUGCCGGUCAGCCCUGUCAGGGUCAAAGGGGCUACGGACCGGUGGGGCGUUUCUUCGACCUGGUGGCCGGCAACGCAGGGAUCACAGUGCAGCAGGUUACAGAGGUGCCAGAGCCCGUCCGUGACCAGUUGGAGCGCAUGGGUCAGCGCUCGAAUUUUGACCUUUGUAUUUGGGCUACUGGAAUGGGGUACUUGGAUGUUUGUGUGGCUUCACUGGUAAUGCUGCCGAGACGAACUGAUGCUUCGCCCUUUGUCAAUCUGUGGUCAGAGCCAACCAUCUUGGUAGGUCCACUGGUGGACACGGCCGCAGACGUUUCCUUCGGUGAAAUGCUCGGUGCAGCUUUUCGACCAUUCAGUCCCAAUCUUUGGCUUACGUUGCUAGCCGUCGUCACAUCGAGCUCUCUCAUCAUCACAUACUUCGAAACGUCUCCGGAUGGACAGUUUAAUGACUUGCGGGGCAAGAGGGAGAAGGCCGCAGAAGCAGUGUACCGGGCAUUCUACAGCCUCUUCAUGUGCGAGUCUCGGUUCGAGCCUUGCACGUUGGGCGGUCGGAUUGUUGGUCUAGGCCUUGCCUUCAUGUGCGUUCUCUUCGUUUGCGGUUACACCGCCACUUUGGCUUCGUUUCUCGUUGAGGAACGACGCCUUGCCCCAAGUGUGGAGAGCAUUCAGGAUGCUAUCAGAGCCAACUACAAGAUCUGCGCCCACCCAAGCCAUUCGAUAACCUUGCAGGUUAACGGUGUGCCUCCGGCCAACAUUGUGGAAGUCACCGUUCGCUCAGAUAUUCUGCCUGCAGUCAGCUUGGAGAGUGGCAGUGCCUGCCAGGUUGCCGUCCUCUCGGAAGAAGACUUCGUGUCUGCCCAAUCGUCCAAUGGUGGCAGCUUCUGUGGUCUCGAAAGAAUUGGUGGGGCAAUUGGUUCCCACAUGGUGGGCUUGUCCGUUUCGGACAAGUGGGCGCGCCAGUUAGGCUAUGCUGUAAGCACAGCCGCCGCAGAUGGCCAAGUGCAGCGGGCCAUUAACGAGCAUCAGCCCACGGACUACUGCUCCAACAUCAAUGCGGAGAUCCGAAAUAGUAACCAGCCGGUGGCUUUGACAGUCCAGGGUAUGCUGGGACCCUUCGUCGUCACCAUGCUUUUCACGAUCCUGGGCAUAGUGGCACAUGUUUCGCGCCUGGUCCUAUUCAAAACCAUCGAGGAAGGCCGGAAGGUCAGCCGCCAUGGCAACUUUCGCGACGGUCUCAUGGAGAUCGCGGAAGAUAUCCACCGGGUUGCUUCGGGGCUGGUCCACCCAAGCUUUAUCUCCUCAGACAACAGGAGCAUCCCUCGGAAGAGCUCGGACCGGUUCAAGGGAGUGGAAGGGCGCGAGCAGACGGACCAAAUCUUGAGGAGAUUGGAGAAGAUUGAGCAGAUGCUUGAGUCCGAAGAACGAGAUCCGAACUUCGAGACUGCUCCUUCCGUUUUCAGACUGCGAAUCUGCUGUACGCAGAACUGCGGGAUGCCACAAAGCUUCUUCGCAAUCCGGAAGUUCGCAGCCCCCGAACACCGCGCGUUCUCCCAGCCUUGGACCUGGCUUGGCCGUAGCUUUGAUGGCAUCUUUGCAUCUCUCUGUGCCCUUCAUACUGGCAAGGUGGACACUCAGGAGUCCACUCUCAAGGCGGUCUUCAAGCUGCGGGGCAACCAGCCCAAGGAGUGGUCUCCGGGAAGCGACUCCGUCACAGCCGAGACCGUGGUCAAGGGUGCAUCUUACGUGCCUGAGGCACGGCAGAAGACAUCAUUUGGCAUCCUUGCGACGCACAAAAAGAAGCACAUCAGGUCGAUGUACUCGCCGAGGGACUUGUACUCCUAUCCACCAAGCAUCAACAGUGAGAUUGGUUGGCACUUAAGUGAAGAUGGUGUGCUACCUCGUCUUACGACCGGAGCAAAGCGCAUCUCGUAUCCGAAGUCGACGUCUUCGAUGACCAAGCAUCAAGACAACAUGUGA